AAAAAAAUUGCUAAGCAUGACAACACUUCAAAGUUCUGCUCUUCUUUCUUUCAUUCACUUUUGAACCUAGUAUAACUUAGCAGCAGAAAACCGCUCCAAUCUGUGGAACCUGAUUAAGGAGGAAGACACUCUGUGGAGGUGUCUAUUUUUGGUCUCUGAUUCUGUCUAGUUUUUUAUUUAUUUUGUUGGUUGAAUUGUGAAUUAAAUAGAGAGAGAACAAGAUGGAUCCUAAGUAAUUCAUCUUUGGUUUGAGCUUGGUAUCUGACUAUCAGUUAUUGAAAUUUGACUUUUGGGUCUCAUCGUGCUUCUUCUUUUGUUGUUGUUUUUUUUCCUGCUAGUUUUUAAUUCUUCAUUUCUCAAAAGAAGACAUGAUGGAAUAAAGAGAAAUAGCUAUUUGUUCUUUAUUUCAUAGAAAAACACAACCAGAAAAUGCUGAGUUAACAAAACUGAGGUUAGUGUUAGUGCAGUUUAGUUGAGCCACCACAGUCCAUGACAAUUAUUAAUAAUAAUCCUGUCUUAUCCUAGGUACUAAACGGUCCCUAAAAUCAAAAUAGAUUUGAUACAACCGGCUUUUGGCUAGGGCAUGUCUUCUUUUCAUUAUUGCAUAUCUUUAUGUUCUUGAUUGUUGCAGUUGAAAAAUGUCGGCGAAGUACAUCAUAGGAUCUAUCCUGGCAUCCUUUGGAGUUGCAUAUGUUUGUGACACCACUAUCUCUGACAGAAAGAUAUUUGGAGGUACUACUCCCGGAACUGUUUCAAACAAGGGAUGGUGGGAAGAAACUGACAAGAAAUUCCAGGCCUGGCCUCGCACUGCAGGACCUCCCGUUGUAAUGAACCCCAUCAGUCGCCAGAAUUUUAUUGUCAAAUCCCAGUCAGAUUAGUGAAACGUUCCCUUGGGCAUACAAGUUGAUGAGAUGAGUUUCUUUCACUUCUCUACAAAGUCAUUCUAAUAAGUUUCUCACUGUAUGUAAGAGUGGCAUGUUGCUCUUAUUUCUUUCACCCUAAACCAUGGCUGGCAUUUUUUUGUGAAAAUUUCCUUUUGGUGGCUAUUUGGAACUGGCCCUUUGUUUUAAAUUCAAUGUCUUGAUAGCACUCCGGGUGUUGCACUGGUUAUGUUUUUAUCUAAA